GUAGGAGGAGGAGGUGGAGGGGCGGAGUUGUCUGCGAGGUAUAUGAGGCGAGGCUGGGAGGCCGCACCUUCCAGUUUGUCCUCAUCCCGGCCGUGGCCACAUCACCGCCACACCAUCACUACCGUCGCGACACACACCGGCGCCACUGACAGGUGUGACUAGACGACGCCGCGCCCUGCCUCCUCUCCUCGCUGCCGCUGCAUGAGGGGCUGUCGUGGCUACGUAAGGACGUGAGGUUACCCUGACGGUGGUCCUCGGGGCAGGUCUUGGGCUAUUAUGACCAAGGGCACAUGGGACCUCCUCCUCACGACUAGGAUGCUGACGCUCAUCAAGUAGGAGGCAGCAGGACGGACUGACGGCGUCCUCCACACCCUUACGACGUGUGCAGCUCGCAGCUCCGCCUACUCGCGGCUGAAGUAACACUUGUGCCUCUUGAUAGCUCGAUCACCACCACACCGCUGCCGCCGAGACAGUCUGUGAUACUCAAGCGGAGUACAACGCCAAUCAAAAAUCUGUCUUGUGAUUUCGUGCAACGCUGGUGUCUCAAGUGCUGAAAGCGCCUGAAUAUUAUUUUUUCUUAUUGGCGUAGGACAAGACUGCGGCGAAGGAAGUUGGUGAGCUUAACUAUAUAUAUAACUAUAUAAGUCUCGACUUCAAACUUGGCAACAAGGAUUUGGUUUAAAGUUGGGGUGAUCCUUCUGGCGCGCGCAUCCCUUCAGUGUUGAGGACUUCCUUGAGGCGAGUGAGGAGGCGUGCGGCACCAGCAGGGCAGCAUGAGGCACCACGCCGCCACACUCCUCGCGGUCACCUUCCUCCUCCUCACCAUUCAUGAGGAGGGGCGUGUGGGCGGCCUCAGCUCCGGCAGGUACUCCUACUCCUCGGCGGGCGGCUGGGGACACAAGGCCUUGGCGGAGCCCGUCUGGGGACACCCGCCGCGCAUCCACAAGAACCGCAGGAUUCCGUCGGUGAAGGAAGAGCAACACAUCAAGCCGAACAGAGGGGCGGCGCGGGUGGUGCAGGCGUCGCACUAUGAGCUGGAGUACGUGCUGGGCCGCAAGAUCAUCUUCCUGUGCACGGCGCGCGGCAACCCUCGCCCGCGCAUCACCUGGUACAAGGACGGCGUCGAGCUCUACGCCCACAACUAUUUCCAGGUACACGAGUGGGAGAUCGGCCGCCACAAGCUGAAGAGCAAGAUGGAAAUCGACCCGGCCACCCUGAUGGACGUGGGCUAUUACGAGUGUCAGGCCAACAACAUUCACGCCGUGGACCACCGGGGCUUCAGGACUCAGUACACGGCAGGCCUCUACUGAUGGGGCUGAAAGUAGCGCCUCCUGCCCCUCGGUGUGGCUCAUAGUACACUAUUCCCCUGCACGGCUCCCUCGGUGUGGCAGCUAGGUCUUCGUUCUCACUCGAAAAUGCCUCCCAGUAAGUUCUUGUGUGGCUUUUGGUGUGGCUCCCAGUACACUCAUGCCUCCCUGUAUGGCUCCCAGUAUAUACCAGGCCUCUAGAGUGGCGCCCAGCACAUCUCUGACCCCUGGUGUGGUGUCUAGUGUACCUGUGCUUCCUAAUGCGACUCUCAUCAUCAUUUCAUCAGCAACUCGCUCCCACUCGAGAGAUGGGUCACUGUGGUGUCACUGGUGCCUCCAACAUUUUCGUCAUUCAAUGCGGUUCUCUGCGGCUCCUUGGGAACUAACGAUGGACAGGCAGUCCACUCAUUUAUGUAGUGUUCCUCCCUUUUCCUUUGUCUGGUCACACUUCCCUUUCCCGGUACUGUGCCUUGAGUGAUGUUUUUUGCUAGGCCGGUAGACCUUGCGACCAGUUGAUUUUCUUUGCCUUGAUGGAGGUCACUAUAUGGUCCAAUAGCUCUUGUGACUUCCCUAAUUCAUCAUUCGUUACACGAUAACUAAGAGAUUCUGAUGUUUAUAAACUUGUGAAGGCAACUCAUCUCGAUGGUCUGGAUUUGCCUCUGAAGCCUAUAGUAAGCGUUCAUGAUUCUCAUGCACAUAAGGAGACAGGACAAGGGAGUGCAGGUGUUUGUCACGGCAUUCUGUUGUACUUCUCAUCAUACUUCUCACUUAAAGUAGAGUCACACUAACUUUUUUCCUCUCUCGAAGCCUAAGUCAUUUCUUUGUGUGGUUAUCUGUGCAAUUUUGACGUCACAGUGUGUGGCUUCCAGUACGUUUUCGCCUCAAGGUUGAAUUCUAACUAUUCCAGCGUGACUCUUGGCCCAGCGUUAGCAUUGAGUGCGACCUCAGUUUGCCUCGAGGCCCUAAGUCUGGCUGUCCAAACCAUCCUAUUGCACGUGUCUGUCGGGUGGUUCACCUCUGAAUAAAACACCUAUCCACUUCAGUCCCAAUUAAGUCGUGCUUACCUGACCCACAUCAUUCAUUUCCGGGAAGACAGCAUGAGAGGGGCGGCUGUUGAGGAUCAGGUGCGGGAGAGAACGAAGAGGGUUUAGAAAACUAGAGAAAAAAAAGAGAAUGAUGGAGGUAAAGAAACAACGCUCUCCAACCCUCUUCCUCCUCUUCCCGGGCCCGGUGGCCAACCUCAUCAGCGGCCGGCACCGGGAGUCGGGCCGUGAAUGGAAUAUCAUUUCAAUUAAGCGUCUGUGAAAGGGAGGCCGGUGUGUGUGUGUGUGUGUGUGUGUGUGUGUGUGUGUGUGUGUGUGUGUGUGUGUGUGUGUGUGUGUUAAUGUAAGCGGGUUAAAAGGCAUGAGUGCAUUAUUGUGCAGGUAACAAAUCAAUAACAAUUAUGCAAUGUUUGUAUAUAUUAGACUGAAUGAGUUUAUAUAUAUAUAUAUAUAUAUAUAUAUAUAUAUAUAUAUAUAUAUAUAUAUAUAUAUAUAUAUAUAUAUAUAUAUAUAUAUAUAUACACACACACACACACACACAUAAAUGAGUCAUGCACAUAUGGGUUGCAGCUUAAAGGAACUUUUCCGGUGACAUCAUUUUUGGCGAAGUUUUUCCUCGGAAUGCCUCGCCUCGGCUUGUAUAUUGCAACUCUAAUUGCAGCCGAAGCAGGAUGUGGCUUCGGUUCCGGAUCAACUUUUUUUCUUAUUCUAGGAAUUUCAACUUCAGCUUCAUUAAUUUUACCUGGCCUUGGCUUUGUGACAUUUCAAGGGCUUCGGUUUUGGUCAUGACGCCAAAGGCAUACGGCCUCGUGUCGUUGACCUGGAAAGAAGGCACUGACCAGGCCUGCAAAAGGUGCUGUGCGGGAGUCACGAAUACUGAGGACAUGUUGUGGUAGGUGUGGAGUCCACGUCUGGGUACGUACAGUUGCCUGGGGAUCUGGUGAAUCAGAGGAAGAGCCGUGGAUGCAGAGUCAGGGUGGGUGAAGGGUGCAGUUCGGAUACGGAAAUGGCUUCCGGGUAUAUCAGCAGGCGCACACAGGUGGGCACUUAAUAUUGAUGACGAGUGGACGGCGCCGGAUACUCUCAGCGUCAGCAAUAACGGUGGAGGCCCCACGGCGCUCUAGGGAAGGCAGGGCAGCCAGGGAGGCGGAAGUGCGGCCUUCCCCUCGUGGAGCUGAGCAGAGCGAAGGCAACGCGGAAGGAAGGCAAGAGAGGGCCGGAAGGGGAAGAAAUAAAGACGAGGGAGAAAGAGAGGAAGACUUAGGGGAGAAAGGAAGGAGGGAAGUAAGGAAUAAGGCUAAAAACUAAAGGUACAGGAACAGGAGGAAAUGUAGUAUGUGGCAGAAGAGCAAAAAAGGAAAAAAAGAAGUCUAGGUAACGAACAAAGACUCGGAAACGAAAGCAGAGAGCAUAAAACACACUUAUGCCUCAACAGUUGCCAGUGUCACGUCAUAUUGAUUCAGCUUCCUUCGGCAUGGUGACGGAACGGAACGGGACGCUGGAAAGAACGGGUCGGGACGGGAAGGGACGGGGCGCGACGGGACGGGACGGGACGGGGUGGGACGGGGAUGGCGAGGCACGGUUGGCAUCGAUCUGCCUUCAAAUGCUCUCUUACUGACAUUUCCCUUUAUUGGAGGAAAUGCGGAGCAACGUGUAAAAUCAUAAAUGGAGGAGGAGGAGGAGGAGGAGGAGGAGGGGGAAGGGGAAGGGUAGUUGGAGUGAAUGUGACAUGCUCGUGAUAUGUGCAUGGGGCGGUAGAGGGACCUUUGAUGGCGUCGGUAUAGUGGCAAUGGAGGGAAGGGAGGGAGAGCAGUAGGCGCGGAUGUGGCAGAAGAUGGCAAGGUGUGGAGGUGACAGGUGAGCAGGUGGAGGUGAUGGCGGUGGGGGUGAAGGGCCACAUGAUACAGCAAGGACUUCCGAUGCAUACUAAACGACGGAGACGGAAAAAAAAAAAAGUCGUAUAUUCAUAAAAAAAAAGCAAUACGCCACACACACACACACACACACACACACACACACACACACACACACACACACACACUACGCGCCUCAAUAUACAACGAAUACUUAGAAAAAUCCUGAUAACAAAAGACCGGUGAUUGUGUGCGCUCGCGUCCGGGGCGUGAGCAUAAAUCAUUUCACCGGCGGGGAAAAAAAAAGGAAUUGAAAAGGUUGCCUGAAUAGGUUUAUGAACACGGCCGACUGCCAGGAACAAAGCGGCCGGGAAGAGGGUGAUUUGUGUCCGUGAUGACGAUGAUGAUGGUGAAGAUGACAGAUAAUAGCGAUGAUGAUGCUUACGGGAAGAGAGGGAGAGUGGAGGAGGAAAAGGAGUGAUAAGAUGAGGAGGAGGAAAAGGAGGACGAAGCGACGGAGGAGACGAAGGAGGCGUAGUAACAGUAGGAGCAGGAAAAGGCGUAGUAACAGUAGUAACAGCAGGCGUAGUAACAGGAGGAGGAAAAGGCGUAGUAACAGUAGGAGGAGGAAAAGAGGAGAUAGAGAAAAAGGAGGGCAAGGAGAAGAACGGUGAGAAUGAGAUGGAAAGGGAGAAGGAGGAAGAGUCGAAAAAGGAGAAGAAAGAGGAAGUGGAGAAAGAGGAGGACAAGAAGGGUGAGGAUGAGGUGGAAAAGGAGAAGGAAGAAGAAAAAGAGGAGGACAAGGAAAAGAAGGGUGAGGAUGAGGAGGAAAAGGAGGAAAAGGGGGAAGCGAAAAAGAAGGAAUAAGAGAGAGAGAGAGAGAGAGAGAGAGAGAGAGAGAGAGAGAGAGAGAGAGAGAGAGAGAGAGAGAGAGAGAGAGAGAGAGAGAGAGAGAGAGAGAGAGAGAGAGAGAGAGAGAGAGAGAGAGAGAGAGAGAGAGAGAGAGAGAGAGAGAGAGAGAGAGAGUAUUAGCAGCAUCAGGAAUACUCUGCCAUAUCCCGCGCACGCCACCUCCUUCCGUCCCCUUCUCCCAUGCUUUUUCUGCAGUGACAUUUCCCCUCGUCGGACCGGCAAAGCGACAUCAGCCAUUUCCUUCCCGCUGAACCCCAACACACAAACAGGAUACAUAAAUAACGGCAUAAAGCGCAUCGACCAUUAGGAGCCACUCGAGCAUAUCGUUAUUCGUAAACAUCAAACCGAAGACCAGGAAAAUGUAUAUCAGGAACGCCUCCAGGAUCCCUUUGACAGAUAUCUCCCUUUGAAUAUUAGAGAUCUCACGUUAGGUUGGUUACAUUACAUAUUUAAGCAAAACAACCACGCAUAUCAAUAUUCGAAAUAAUGAAACUGAUAUUAAAAAAAGUAUACUAGAGACCUAGGACUUAAAUCGCAUCUACCUCCCUUUGUAUCCUGGAAAUUACACUUUGUUUUAGUCUAAGGGCUUUGAAAAAAUGGCCUCAAAAAGCUGUUCCUACGCAGAAAUUUAGAGCUGAUAAGUAUGAAAAUGAGGGCCAAAGGUGACUAGUGGAAAUUACAUGUUUUUAGUCCAAAGGUUAUAUCAAAAGGCCUCAAAAAAGCUGCUACAAGGAAGAAAUUAAGCUGAUAGACAAAUAUAAAAUGACGGCCUAAGGUGAAUAUUCGUAAUUACUUUUUUGUGCAAGGGUUAUAAAAAAAGGCCACAAAAAAGCUGCUACAAGGACGAAAUUAAGCUGAUAGACAAAUAUUUAGAAGCUGAUAGACAAAUAUUAAGUAGAAGGAAGAAAUUAAAAGCUGAUAGACAAAUAUUUAGAAGCUGAUAGGAAAAUAUUUGGAAGCUGAUAGACAAAUGUUAAAUACAAGGGAGAAAAUAAAAGCUGAUAGACAAAUAUUUAGAAGCAAAUAGACAAAUAUUUGGAAGCUGAUAGACAAAUAUUAAAUACAAGGAAGAAAAUAAAAGCUGAUAGACAAAUAUUAAAAAGCAGAUAGACAAAUAUUUGGAAGCUGAUAGACAAUUAUUAAGUACAAGGAAAAAAGUAAAAGCUGAUAGACAAAUAUUAAAUACAAGGAAGAAAAUAAAAGCUGAUAGACAAAUAUUUAGAAGCAGAUAGACAAAUAUUUAGAAGCUGAGAGACAAAUAUUAAGUACAAGGAAGAUAUUUAAAGCUGAUGGACAGAUAUUAAGAUGACGGGCGAAGGCUUCCUAUUACGUCCCUCUUGAACGGCUCAUGGUCAGCACGACGCCCACAGCAACAGCCUGGUGAGAAUAAAUUGAUGUACCGCCCUCGUCCUCCACCUGUCUGUCUCUCGCCGUCACGUGAGCCUCUAAGGAAAUUGCUUCCCCGCGGCUACCCCUCACCAUCUGUCCUCAUAAUCAAUAUUCUUCUACCCUCCUUCCUCUUCCUCUUUCUCUUCCGCUUCUUUCUUUAUUUUCAUGCUUAUUCAACCUUGUCUUCUCAUUUUUAGUUUUUCUUUGCAUUUUCUCCUAAGUCCCCCUUCCUUUAUUAUUUGCUUUGCUUGAUUCUCUCAUUGUGUUUAUCUUCACUAUCUUCCAGUUUAUUAGUUUUCUCCUUUUCAUCUUCAUCAUAUUCUUUUUGUUCUUCUUUUUCUUCUUUUUGUUGUUGUUCUUCUUCCUCUGAUUCUGCUUCUUCCUGAUCGUCCUCUCCUCUUCCCUGUUCCUCUUCCACCUUCACAUCCUCUUCCGCGCAUCUCUUUCCUCUUGAAGCCAAACAGGGAACGAUCAUCCGUCGUGUUUAAUCUUCCAGCGGUAGAGUCAAGCGGAAGAGCAGAGUGCCAGGCGGGUGUUUACGCUGUGUGUGUGUGUGUGUGUGUGUGUGUGUGUGUGUGUGUGUGUGUGUGUGUGUGUGUGUGUGUGUGUUUACAAAGGAGGCUGCAUGUGAUGGCAGUCGUGGCAAUUGAUGAAAGGAACUCAAUUUCACGAUCGUUAUUUAAACCCAUUUACUACAACUACAAAAACUACUGCUAUCACUACAACGACUACUACUACUACUACUACUACUACUACUGCCACUACUA